GGGAAUUUGAGUGAAGUGACUUGGUUUCGCUGACAUAAACAAUAAAAUAAAAGUGCAUUUGUGACACAAACUCUCGCUGAAGCGGGAGAACAUCCACCGAGAAUGCGUGAAACAGACGAUUGCUUCACAAUAGACUGAAAAAUUCACCGCAAUGUGAAAACCCUAGGCUAUUAUCAUAACCAAAUGCGGGUGAUAUAGGUUAAAAUGUCUCGGAAUUUUCAGAGCUUCAUUAAAAUGUUCAUAGCAUUUUUAAACAGCUAUGCACGUGGGCUAUCGUACUUGGUCACAACGCUACUAGUCCUCUGUUAUUGUCUUCAUCCAGGGCGAUUUGCAUCGCAUUACAAUUUCAUUAAGACCGAGGACAUUCACGAUGAGCUGGAGAAGUCGUACGAUCCCAGAGACAAUUCGUGUGCAAUAUCAAUAACAGGAAGAAGAUUUUCGGAAUUAUCAUAUCCAGAGGAGCAUCCGAGGGAGGAUCCAGUGGCGAUGGCCCGGAGGCUUGGGAUAUUGCCCGGAGGACAGUGGAAACCGCUUAAUUGCCAUUCGCUGUUCAAUGUUGCUAUCGUUUUGCCAUACAGGAAUAGGCACACUCAACUCAGUAUUUUUAUGAAUUAUAUACAUCCAUUUCUACAGUCACAAAACUUGGAUUAUCGAAUAUUUGUUAUUGAGCAGAGCCCCAUACGUGAAUUCAACCGUGCUAAAUUGUUCAAUGUUGGGUACAAGGAGGCCACAAAAGUCAAUGACUUUCACUGUUUCAUCUUUCAAGACAUCGACUUGAUUCCGCAGAAUCCUGAUAAUAUUUAUGCCUGCACGAAGAUGCCCAGGCACAUGAGCUCAAGUGUCAAUACCUUCAGGUAUAAUUUGCCGUACACUGGGCUGUUCGGUGGGGCUAUUGCACUCACUAGGAGGCAGUUCGAGUGGGUCAAUGGGUUUUCCAAUGUUUUUUAUGGGUGGGGGGGCGAGGAUGACGAUUUCUAUAGUCGACUGCAGUCCAGGGGUCUGCAGGUGACCCGUUUUGGACCUGACAUAGCUCAAUACUACAUGUUGACACACAAAAAGGAGCCACCGAGCAGUGCCAGAUUCGAGCGUUUAGAAAAUAGCGCCAGGAGAUACGAUUCUGAUGGGCUUAACAGUCUUGAUUAUAAAGUACUGGAUCAUCAGCUUCGUCCACUGUACUCGUGGAUACUGGUCGAUGUUUAAUCCAGUUUGCAGUGUAUCAAAACGUUUAGGACAAUUUUAUUCAUUUUGUAGGGACAAAGUUGUAUAUCAAACUGCAUAUCAAAUCGAAAAGCCUUUUUUAGAAUGCGACGGCAUAUUGUCUUCUGUUCUCGGAGGUUUUACGUAUUCAACGAUGGAUACAUUGUCUAGACAAUGUCUGCCAAUCAGUGUAUGUUCGUAGCUCAAUUUUUCGUGGUUUCAAGUCAUUGAAGAUAUCCAAGCGCUCUGGCCAUUUUUUUUUAAGAUCCUUGUCAACAUUACUCGCACGUCAAAGCUCCAAUGUGAAUGCCAUUUCAGUUCUCGAAUAUUUUGCUAUUAUUUUAUUAUUCAAACUGUGAAAAUUUAACUUUAAUUCUCCUUUAAUUCAUCAAACAUUUUAAAAAUCUGAGGAAAAAGAAAAAAUUUCAUUUCUAGGAAAUUUCAUAGUGUAAAUGGAAAAUUGCAAUUUUGAAGAUUACAAAUUUCGCAAUUUUUUCGUAGAUAAUUUAUAAACAAUCAAUUUCCUACUCUACGAAUCAUUUUAUCGUUGUCUUUAGCAGUUAUUCUGUCUUGUUUACUAGUCAAUAAUAUAAGUAAAAUUCUAAAAUCUUCGAAGUUGCAUAAAAAACUUGUCUAUAAAAAGCAACUUCAAUUAUUCAUUAAAUGCUAAAAACAACGAUGAAACCCCUCUAUAUUGUUGUUAAAAUGAACCCAUUUUUUUUCAAAGUGUUUACAUGACGCUGAAUAUCUAUCAACCUGUGCUAAGUUAAUUUCUUUACCAAAAACUUGAGUUCACGCUGUAAAAGCGACCGAUCAUGCCAUUAAAAUCUGAAUUUGCCACAUUAAUUUAGUGUAAGUACUCAUUAGAAACCUAGUAAUGAAGGGAUGACGAAUUAAGAGACAAACCCAGAAACACCAGUUGGGCAACGUGCUUUGCAAAUACAUAUCUCUAGUAUCUCAUUAUUUAUUCUGAUAAUCUCAUGGUGCGUCAUUUUUUUUCAUGGGAUUGUCUUAAUGGAAAGAGCUUGAGAUAAAUUUAUCGAAGAUUCUUACCUUGUAGAAAAUUGAAAGGCCCCACAACAUUCCCCUCUGGACCUACUCAUUUUUAGAUGUAUUAGCAAUACAAUCUCGGUAAAGUUUACUCAAUCUACCACUUUUGCGUUGACAAUUUCCCCCUGUAAAUGAGAACCUGUCAAUUAAUUCACAUUGAUUUAAAUUCAUAGAAUAACUUUCACGAUGUUGUCACGUACUCUAAGUUUCACCAAGAAAUUUUUCGAACAAAUCAAUAAUCAAAUGUUUUUUUCUAUCAUUGUUGUUGGUAGUUGAAUGAAAUUCAGCAAAUGAUCAAAUAAACAAAUUUACAAGCAA